GCGACCGGAGCUGGGUGUAAGAGGAAGCGCAGUCGAAGUCAGUCCGUGGUUUCGGUUCACGGCAGUCCAGUACGUUGAGAAACAUCAUGUUCUUAUGUCGAGGAGCGAGUCAUCUUUGUUCACACAUCAGGAGCACGCAGCGGGUUGUGCUGGCGGCUGACGUCACCUGGUCCCGGAGGGUCUGCGGUGCCUCCUCGCAGAGGCGGUUUGAUGCAAACGUUCAGAGGAGGAAUCUCCACAUGACAAGAGCAGUGCAGGCAAGCGGCUUGGAGCAGAAAAUUGAGCUGUCGGAGGCAGCUUAUGAGAAGCUGGCUGACCAGACUCUGGACGCACUGGCCGACUAUUUCGAAGACUUGAUGGACGAGAACUUCACAGGAGGCGACUAUGACGUUGUCUUCUCUAGCGGUGUGUUGACGGUGAAGGUGGGUGGAAACCACGGCACCUAUGUCAUCAACAAACAGACACCGAACAGACAGAUCUGGCUGUCGUCCCCCUCCAGCGGGCCCAAGCGCUACGACUGGACCGGUAAACGCUGGGUUUACUCCCAUGACGGCGUCAGCCUCCACCAGCUCCUGUCCAGGGAGUUUUCUCUCAUCUUCAACAACAGCAUGGACCUGGACUCGCUCCCUCACUCCUGAUGGGCCUCCACCGUGAGCGGGACCUGCCAGUCAUGGACAUCACAGUGAAGAGAGUUGUGUGAAAUGAUAACCUGACUUUUAUUGUAACUUAUUAUCAAAUAAUGAAACACUGAGCUCCCUGACUCUGAGGUGGAGUUCUGCUCCGUGUGGCUCCCAGAAAACGAUCUCUCGGUGGUCAUAAUGUUCUGGAGGAACUUUUGUUUAUAAUAUGCUCGAUUCUCUUUGACCACUAGGUGGCAGUGCAAUAUAAAUUGUUUGAUAAGCCACUGAUUCCCAAGUCUUCAGUCCUGGGUUCCAUCACAUAUAUGAGGGACAGAACCAGAAAACCUCCUUACACAAACCCAUAAAUCUGUCACUGAAGUCAAAGGCCAUCUCAUCUAAUCCUUACUGUAAAUCACACAAACAAGAUGAAGGUCUCAACAUCAGGAACAUUGUUCAGGCUCUCAGGGUUUUUGAGUGUGAGUUGCCGCCACGAAAAUGGGUGGUGCUUUGACCCGUGAAGGAAAAAAACUUUCCAAAAAGUCGACCGUCAGUAGAAAACAGUUGAAUUUACAGCUCCAGCUCUGAUCCAGUACCAACCGAGGGUGCAGAACUUCACGCUCACUCAUCUGUUUUCAGCAUUUCCGGACUCUAGUUCCAUUAAAACGAGUGGCGACUAUCAAAAUGACCGAAUCCCGGAAAGUUGCCAGGCUCCAUGAGGAUAGAGCCUGAUCCCAGAUUAGGACGCAGACUUUAUUCUCUUCUCUCCUGGAUUAGCGUCAGAAGAUUAUUCGGUUCUAAUUUACUGGAUUAUACGUCAGAAACUAUACUCACAUUACAUAAAACAUGAAUUAGUUGCAGCUUUUAUCAUUAAAUUUGAGUCAGACGUAAACUUGGCAGGAAUCGACCCACGGUGGCGGAAGUGUGGGAAAAAUUUUCUGCGUGGCUUGAAUGAUUUGCAGGCAAGGGAGGAGCCAGAUUUAGGAACAUCUGCAGGCACAAAACAGGUUCAGGUAUAAUCCGAAGACAGUAGAGGACUGAAAACUAUUUAAAAGUUUCUCACAGAUGAGAGUUUUCUCUGGUGGAGCAGUACAAAAUGGUGCCCAAAGAGAGGACGAUGGUAGCAACACGUGUAUCCCGGCUUGAGGCUGUCUGCAGUCCCACUGGUGCAAGAGAACCUGUUCCAGUCUGAGAGAGUGAGAGUGGUGAGUCAGCGACUGUUGUGACUGUUGCGAUAACAUUUUGGAAUCAUGGCUGAAACUUUCCUGUAGCUGACAUUGACUCCAGUUUUCCAAAGUGAGAGUGAAAGAGAGAUGCUUCAGUAUCACUGCAUUGAUUCCCACACAGAGACCAGAGGAGGUUUCUACUCUUCUCUUUCAACACCAUGUAUCACCGUUUGAGGGGCAAGAUGAAGUUAGUUUCAGCAAAAUAGAGUGUCGUAUAUAAAGCAAUCCCUCCAGGAGUUGGCGAUGUUGCGAUGCCAACUAUAAAAGCAAAUCUGCAAGGCGCAGCAAUUGUCCAAUCACUACGACCUCUAUGUGGCCUAUGUGCGGCAUCGUAUUCCCUCCCUCCUUGGAGACAUGAACUCACGAGCGAUGCCAAACACAUUGGCCAACAAAUAUUGGGUUGCAACUCGGACGUGAACGAUCAUAAAUCCGUUCAUGAAAGUCCAUUUUCCCAUGAUUGGAAAGUAGAAUUGACAGAAUAAAGAAGUGAAACUCACUGGUGCAGCGUCAACCGAACACUAUAUGGGGCAGACGUAAUCAAACAUGGCUGACAGCAAGAGCCACCGCUCUCCAGACUGUUUCUGAUACUACAGGGGUUGGACAAAAUAAUGGAAACACCUUAAAGCUUAAAGCUCCAUCCAAAUGCCCCUCAGUCUCCGCCCUUGGGAGGAGCUCCGUAACAAAACAACAAGCGUCACGACACGCUGUCAACCCGGAAACAACUCACAGAAGAUUAGAAUUUAAAAAGACUCAUGUUAUCAUCAGUUUUU